AUGAGUCCGUCUUCGGCGGCGCCAGUUCCGGAGGUGGAGCAAAUUCACGGCGCCUCCUCAACGUUGGAGGUUCCGCGGUGUUCCUCCGACCCAGAGGAGACUCGCACGGGUUCGAACAUGGCCCUGUCUCUCGUCUGGAGUUACGGCUUCGAUAAAGACCUUGUCGGGGGCGUACAGAGUCUCGGCGAAGCCGGAUCGGAGCGAAAACCAAUUUUCUUCGUUUCGGGUACGACAGGUGUGAUUUUCACUCAUGACGACGAAGGCAAGAAUUCUCAGACUCUCCUUCAAGGCCAUGUGAACGCCAUCACCGGCGUAGUCGUUUCGAGUGACAAAAAACGGAUUGUCACAGCGGACAGAGGAAAGGACAGUCUCCUGGUUGUCUGGGACAGUGAAACAGCGACUCCAGUCAAAACGAUCUUCCGGCCUCAUCCGACUGGUGUCCAGGCUGUCGACAUAACUCCAGACGGUCGCUUUAUCGUCUCUCUGUCUGCUGCGAUUCCUCGCGAGUUGAUUGUGGAGGCGGGCAACGGGCCGAACCCCGGAAGUAAAGGCGCGACUCACGGCUCGGGGAAAGGCGAGCAGGGAGAGGACGGAGAGACCACAAAGAGUAGCAAAACAGACGGGAGAGAAGGCGGAGCGAACGAGCGAACUGCGACGGACGCGAACGCAAGCACAGCGAGGAGCAGCGAUCGGUCGAGUCUCGAAAGCUCGGAGAGGACGGGAAGAAGCACACAGUCGACCUGGAACGGCCAGAGUGAAUUGGACGCUUCAGACGGGACACGGUCUCCACAAGAUCCACAGGUCUCGAGUGCAAGCAGCCAGGAAAGAGGCAGCUUUGGAAAGCGACAAACCUACCAGAGCGUUGCUGUGUGGGACUGGAGAGAGCCAGGAAACGCCCCCAUUUGCGUGGCAGUGAUUGCAACACCUGACCUGCAGCAUUCGGUGUUGUUUAACAGCACAGAUGUACACGAGAUUCUCACAAAUGGAAAGAGGCGAGUUUUCUUCUGGUUUUGGGAAGAAACGAGUGACUACUUUCACUUCUAUUCUCCUGCACUCCAAGCAAAAGACUUCAAGCAGAAAAUCGGAGAUUUCACGAGAUCUAUUUUCCUCCCAAACUCAACAAAAGCCGCAACAGGCACAGUCGACGGAGACGUCGUCCUCUGGGACUUGAGUCUCAUUGUUGACGGCCUCAGCAGACCAGACGAGCGACGCGCAGUGAGAAUCCUGAAUCUGAACCGCGCAGCAGUGACGUUCCUGUUUGUGCAUGACGAGAACUGGAUUGUUGCUGGCUUCGCCGAUGGCGUCAUUGGCUUCUACGACUUCCAGUUCCGCAUCUCGAGGUGGUUUGACGGCUUCAAUGCAGGCCCGAUAAAUUCGAUUUCAUUCGACUACAUGCCUAGCCGAGGAUAUCUCAAGCUGUGGAACUACCACACUCACCGCUUGAUCGUCAACCACUGGUUUGAAAAGCUUUCCCCGAACGUAGGUGACGGCAAACUCAUGGGCGUUGGUUUUGGAAACGGCCAAGUGAAGAUUUACGGCCUCGAAGAGAGCCUUUUGAGCGAGCUCUGUGGGAGCAGCGAGGAAGCGGUAGAUACCCAGGGCUCCCCUGACGCGAGCGAGGCUGUUCGUCUGGAAAGAGGCGACGGCAAAGCGCCUGCCUCGACCGCGAACGAAGCCGACGAUUCGCUGGCAGAGCCGCCAGGAGGCGAGACCCGCCAAGGAAGAAAUGAUCCAGGCCGCAUUAUGGUGGAGCUCAUGAGCAGUAAGGAAUCAAGGGAGGCUGUGACGCAUAUAUGUUUCAGUGAAGACUGCUGCCACGUCGCCGUGGCCCAAGCCGACCGAUGUAUCUGCCUGUACAAACUCGGCUACCGAAUGGGCGACACAAGUCUGCCGCUCGAGUGGAUAUUCUCAGGUCUAAUCAUCAGCUCUGCUACAGUGAUCGAGCAGCAAGCAGUACCGAAGGGUUGUCUAGCCAUCCAACCAGAGGAGGGGAGCGCCGAUGUGCACGUCCUGGUCUACACCAGCGACUUCAAAAUGAAGAUCUGGAGCGCAAAUUCCCGCUCGUGCAUUCGGACCACUCUCGCUCCGACGCACGGCGGGGUACUGAACAGUGUAGCUGACGUGUCCUAUCGGCACAAAAAAGCUCGCAGGCAGCGAGACUGCAGUCAAGGCGAAGACAAUGGACAGUCUCCUGAGGAAGAAGAGACCGAACAGCAGUUCCUCGUAUUCUCAUGUGGAGAGAGGCUCAUCGGCAUGAUUCAGAAGCCUUUGGACGGAAACCCUUACAAAGCGAUCAGCAUGGUAGCCCACCCGAAAGAGAUUCCUGCUACAGCCUUGGAGCGCCUGAAAACGAAACCAAGUAAAGAGUUUUUUUUUACUUGUGGAGGAACGGACUUCACAAUAUGCCAGUGGAAACUGAACCCUUCAGUCGUCAUGGCCAACGUGCAGAGAGGCGGAGACGGAACCCAGCCUUUCAAUCAAUUGAUUCCUGGAGGCGUGGAGGGAGAGUUUUACCGAAGCAUGAAAGACUACUUCUACUACUGUCAGAUUCGAUCUGAAGGCGAACGCACCACCAAGAGCCGCAAGCUCGACGGCACAGUGCCGCUGACGGAACUGGCUAAUUUGCUGUGCGCCGUCGGGGAGUGCCCGUCUCAUAUGGACAUCCAGAACCUCGUUACUGAGUGUGAAAGCAUCCCAGUCGAGAACCGACCAGCGUCUGCGGUGGACAUCCAACGAACAACUGGAGAAACAGCACGGAAAGUUUCUUUUGAGCAAUUUCUCCAGCUUUAUGUCAACCAUCGUGCCGUGAUCAGCGCCGGAUAUGAAGAGGUUGUCAGUGCUCUUCGUGUCCUUAAAAAGAAGAACCACAACACUCCCUUAACUCCCGAGUUCCUCUUUCAGACUCUUUCCAAGAACCGCCAUAUCAAGGGCCUUGGAUUGAACGAAGAUGGGUCUGCCAAAGAAAUCUUCAUGGGCAUGGUUGGACAGGAGAAAGCGAGAGAGGCAGCCGGCUACGUGGUCGAGCUGAUCAGGUGCAAGCGCAUGGCAGGCAAGGCGCUCCUGUUAGCUGGUCCACCUGGAACAGGCAAGACUGCUAUUGCUAUGGCCAUCGCGCAAGAGCUCGGGCCCAAGGUUCCCUUCUGUCCGAUGGUUGCCUCUGAAGUUUACUCUACUGAGGUGAAGAAAACGGAGAUCCUCAUGGAAAAUUUUAGACGCGCUAUCGGCAUUAAGAUCAAGGAGAUGAAGGAGGUAUACGAGGGUCAGGUUAUGGAAAUGGAUGUGACUCUCCACGACCUCGAUGCAGCGAACGCCCGACCGCAAGGAGGAAACGAUUUUGCUUCUCUUCUUGGCCAGCUGGCCAAGCCGCGCAAAACAGAGAUCACAGAGAAACUGAGAAUGGAAAUAAACAAGGUCGUGAAUCGCUACAUCGACCAAGGCGUUGCCGAGCUGGUACCUGGAGUUCUCUUCAUCGACGAGGUCCACAUGCUAGAUAUCGAGUGCUUCACGUAUUUGAAUCGGGCGCUCGAAUCGUCUCUCACCCCGAUUGUCGUCUUCGCCACAAAUCGUGGAAUAUGCACGAUCCGAGGAACUGAGAUUCUCUCGGCCCACGGCAUUCCGGUCGACCUUCUAGAUCGCAUGCUCAUUGCCAGGACGCUGCCUUACAACUUAGACGAAAUUAAACAUGUCAUCCGAAUUCGCGCAAAGAUCGAGAAUCUCGUCAUGGAAGAAGAUGCGAUUACUCUGUUAGGAGAGAUUGGCGAGCGCACUUCCCUGCGCUACGCUGUCCACCUUCUCACGCCCGCAUCAAUUCUCGCAGAGACUGAAGCGGAUGAACAGGCACCAGUUAUUACUCUUGACCAUAUUCAUCGGGUGGAUUCCCUUUUCCAGGAUGCUCGGUCUUCUGCGCGCCGUCUUGCACAGGAAGCAGACUUUUUCGUGCAGUGA